CAUGAAUUUGGCAAUAAACUAAAUUUACAAUAUGACAUGAUGGAUGCAAUUUAGAAUAACAAGUUUGUUUAUAGUUGUUGCUGUCCGACCAGUUGUCAGUUAUCAUUGUUUGAUUUUAUGUAGAAUACGGGACAGGCAGGGGUUUCGAAUGACUCAAACUCGUCAUUAAAAUAUGAUUAGUUGAGACUAUACGUUUAAGAAUCAAAGAAUGCCGAAGUAGGAGCGAACACAAAAUCCGAAGACAUGGCGGAGAAUCGAAACAAGGAAAAGAAAAAAAUGAUUUGGAGAGAAACACCUGAUGUCAAAGAGAUAAAAAAACUGAAAAUAAUAAACAAAUGGCGAAGAGAAGGGAAAACAAAACAAAAAUACAGAGAGAAAUGGAAGAAGAAAUGAUGAAUAUAGUAAAAAAGAAGAAAAAACUUAAAACCAGCGAAAUCUGAAGUAACUGACAUUUGUAAAUCACCACUGCAUAUGACAGCAUGAAACAUCAAUGUGAUGUUUGUCCGGAUAUGACAGACAAGCAUACAAUUUGUGUGAAACAACCAGAAAGCAUUUUAUAAUCAGGGAAAAAAAUAGCGCACGAAAUGAUUUAUCUUUGAAAACCAUUUGAAAUCACAAUACUUUUAAUCUUGUAAAAUCAAAAUUCAUAAGGACCGGAGAGAUAUGAAUAUUUUUUAAACACUCGCAGAGCCAUGUCCGGUAUGGCGAAAGCUCUCUUGUAAAUAUUAAUAUUGCUAGUUCGUGAUCAAUCCGUUUUGCUUGUUGACGAAGAUGAUUUGGUGCUUUUUGGGAUCUCUUAUGUACAUAUAACGAAAAGCAUUUUAUCUACGUUUUUAUGGCUAGAAAUGGUUAUGUCAUGCAAUGAUCUGAUAAAUAUUUGAGCAUGAACUGGGCUUUUUAAACGUUUCCGGGAACAAAAUUGCCACAAAGGGAAACUCUUUUUGUUAAUUUGAUGGUAUAACGAGUGAUUGAUUAAAAUACGAGCUGAGACUGGUCUCCAAGGGCUGAAAGCUGCUAAUCACAUACAGAGACUAUAUCUACUUUAUUUGUCUGAGAGGAAAGAAACAUCGGGGCCUUUUUUGAAGAAAAAAGAACUAAUUAACAUAGAUGAACGCCCGCUGGUAUUGUAUAUAUAAACGCAAUUACGACAGAGGAACUAGCCAGUUGUGCUUUUAUCGCACCCAAACUAAAUAUUCAAAUACUUGAAUUUUGGUGAAGUGCACGGUGUAUAUUCUACAAAAAUUCGUAUAAUUCUAAUAUUGACAAACACCCACUCCAUUUAAUGUCAUGAAAUAAUAAAGGAAAGCUUGGCCGGCGAUUAGUUUUUCAUAUACAAGACAUUUAUGAAUCGAGCCCAACUGUUAAUUCACGGCAUUCUGUCAUUUAGCCGCAGUGUCUGACUUAAAGUGUCGAUUUGAAAGUCUUGUAUUUCGGGUUAAUGAGUGGACUAUGGGAUUUUCASGGCUUAAAAUGUGUUGGUUCGAGGCCCGUGUGAUGAAUAUUAAACGAAAUGAGCCAAUGACWGCACUGGAUUAACUCACAAUCAAAUACCUUUGUGCUCAGGCGCAGGACUUAUUGUACCAGUUCUGGUUAUCUCGUAAACCCACCAGACGAUUCAACACACCUUAUUAGAAAACGGCAAUAUUCCUCUACUGAACGUGUUUUUGGUGAAUUUGCUGGCGUGAAUUGGGAGCUACUGAGGCUAUUUUAUUUUAAUGGACUUCGUUUGACACGCAUUUGCUAUUUUCCCAUGUUUAAGUGGGCUUUAAUUCCUACUCGCACACUGCGCAGGCCACUGUAAAGGGCUGAACAAGGCGCGAAAUUACACUGSCGUUCGUUUAAUCUGCUACCGCGUCGAUAGCUCAAGUCAACACCGUUUUUAAUACCCCGAACUUGCGAGAUCGGUCGCCAAGAAAAUCCUGCAUUACCCAGAGUCCAUUUCGAAAGCCGUUGUAGAUGCACGAAUGCAUUACGGGAACGAAACCUCGAACUACAGAACACGGCGAUCGACUGUGGGUUGUUUGUGUUUUGGUCGAGUUUCUACCAACAAAAUGGGCAGUUUAAGGGAACUGCAGCACGCGCUGCAGGAAAAGAACAGCGAGAUGAAGAUGAAAGACUCUAGAAUCAUGGCUCUCGAACAAGAACUACGGAGAAAAGACGAGCUGGUCCGUAGACUCGAAAGCGAGUUGGACAAAUACCGAUCUGUUUUGCAGCCAGCAAGCGCUUCAACCRCAACGGGAGGACGAUCCAGGAAUCAACGACAGGGUAUUUCGGCUGAGCCACAGAAUGCCAAGGCGGUCGUCGAGAGCUCUAAACCUCUUCAGCGACACGCCAAAACAUCAAGAUCAAAAGAGCUUAUUAAAGAUGCAAUACUUGAUAACGAUUUCCUYAAGAACCUGGAAUCAUCACAGAUUAAAGAAGUGGUGGAGUGUAUGUAUGAAAAACAGUUUAAACGYGAUGAAUACAUAAUUAAAGAAGGCGACCCUGGUUCUCACUUAUAUGUCUUAGAAGAGGGAAAAUGUCAAGUCACAAAAGAAGGAUCWGUGCUUGGCCAUAUGGGUGCAGGGAAAGCCUUUGGAGAAUUAGCAAUCUUGUACAACUGCACAAGAACGGCUAGUGUCAGAGCCCAGACAUCAGUCAAGUUAUGGGCCAUYGACCGACAGACCUUCCAGACCAUUAUGAUGAAGACAGGUUUAAUGAGACAGGCAGAGCACAUGGACUUCUUAAAAAGUGUUCAGCUACUGAAGGAUUUACCAGAGUCUUAUCUCCUUAAAAUUGCUGAUGUCAUUGAAGAGGCAUACUAUGAAGAAGGUGAAUUCAUAAUAAGACAAGGUGCAAGAGGAGACACCUUCUUUAUUAUCAAGAAAGGCAAAGUUGACAUCACCCAAAGAACGUCAGUACACUCUGAUCCUGUCUUUGUAAGGUCACUUGGCAAAGGAAAUUAUUUUGGUGAGAAAGCUCUUAAAGGGGAGGAUCUUCGCACAGCCAAUUGCAUUGCUGGUAAGAGUGGAACAACCUGUCUUGUUCUAGAUAGAGAGGCCUUCAGUCAGUUUAUUGGUAGUUUAGAUGAAAUUCAAAAGGACAAGUAUGAUGACUCCCAACGAGGAGUUGAUCCAACUACUGCAAGUCGACUAAGAGAGAAGGAAGAGGAAUUUGCCAAUGUCAGGCUAGAAGACUUAACACUUAUCAAGACUUUAGGUGUCGGAGGAUUUGGUCGAGUAGAACUGGUUCAGCUUGCUGGCGACAAGAGAACAUUUGCUCUAAAGACCUUGAAAAAGCACCAUAUAGUUGAAACUAGACAGCAAGACCAUAUCAUGUCAGAAAAGAAGAUUAUGAUGGAAUCUAAUUCUGGUUUCAUAGUUAGGUUGCAUAAGACGUUUAAGGAUAGCAAGUAUUUGUAUAUGUUAUUAGAAGCAUGUUUAGGAGGAGAACUAUGGACAAUUCUUCGUGACAAGGGAUCAUUUGAUGACUCUACCACUAGAUUCUAUGUUAGUUGUGUAAUAGAAGCUUUUCACUAUUUGCAUGCAAAGGGAAUAGUGUACAGAGAUCUUAAGCCAGAAAAUCUUCUACUAGAUGCUAAGGGCUACUGUAAGUUGGUUGAUUUUGGGUUUGCUAAGAAGAUUGGUUUUGGUCGCAAGACCUGGACGUUUUGUGGUACACCAGAAUAUGUAGCGCCAGAGAUCAUUCUUAAUAAGGGACAUGAUCUCUCAGCAGACUACUGGUCACUAGGUAUUUUGAUGUAUGAGCUUCUUACWGGAAGUCCUCCGUUCACAGGAUCUGAUCCUAUGAAGACCUAUAAUAUCAUCUUGAAAGGAAUAGAUAUGAUUGAUUUUCCACGCAAAAUAACAAGAAAUGCCCAUGCUCUCAUCAAGAAGCUCUGUCGUGACAAUCCAGUCGAGCGCCUUGGUUACCAGAAGGGUGGACUCAAGGACAUCAUGAAAAACAAGUGGUUUGAUGGUUUCAACUGGGAAGGUCUCAGACACCGAAAGUUAAAUCCACCUAUUGUUCCUAAGAUCAAAAAUCCAACAGAUGCCUCGAACUUCGACGACUAUCCACCAGACGAUGAAGUACCACCCAAUGACAACACGGGCUGGGAUAAGGACUUCUAAUCAAAAUGAAUCAUAGUAGAUUAUACUACUAUCACGCCWUUCAAUAGACACGCACAUAUAGUAUUUUUAUUAUCAUGGUAGAGCGCGACAUAUGAGGUCGUUUCCACUGACUACCGCACAACAGGUUUGAACUGAGAUGCAAUUUUAAGAAAUGAUUGGUUGAACUUAUGCGUGAAUGUAGUUAUCCGUCCUGUCCAAGUGUACAUGGAAGAUUUGUCCACGUACUUUGUAACGUGGUUUUCUCCAAACUUUACUACAACCUACCAAGACGAAUAGAGUCAAAUUUGUAUGAGUGGGAAACGGACGGUAAUGUACUGUAACCGUAAUCGUACUAUAACCACAUUCUAGUUUCUCAUUGCUUCACAAAAAUUAUGCAGGCCAGGUCCGGUAACUGUGCGGUAACCGUGCGGUAAUUUCUAUCGUACGUUUCCCACUCAUACGAAAUUGACUCUUAAUGUGGCUAAUGCGGAGUGGUUUUCAUYCAACUGUUAAAUAGUUACUAAUSCUGCCCCUCGGUCUCGUGACUGACUACUAGUCCUAGAUAAGGCCGUUCGUUUUACUAUCCACCAAACUAUAGAGCAAAUUUGACAAAAGACCAUAAAGAACAAUUUUUCUCAACAUUGUUUUCACUAUUUUCGUUUUAUCGAUGCGACCGGGGUCUCAUGAAUARACCAUAGUUCAAUAGCCAAUCACAAUGCAGGAUUUGUGAUAGACCAUAGUUUUGUAGAACCUAAAAAAAAACACUAUCAGAGACCUAAUAUAGUAAACGCAGACCAAUAGUAACAAUUGCUCCAGAGUCUGAUGAAAACCACUCUGAUGUUUUGCAAGUCAAGAAUUAGUUGCCCAACCUGAUCAAUGGGUUCUAGUUGUCAUAGCAUUGAGAUGAUUGAUCAAGGUUCUGUUCAUGUAGUCCAGGUUGAAUAUCAAACUAAUCAAGCUUUGAAUAUCAAACUAAUCAAGCUUUGAAUAACCUCUUGAAGUAUCUUUCCAAAUAGACCCAAGUUGACAUACCACAGCUUUCUAUUCAAAAUGUUUUCGCUGUUUCUGUACAAUUAGCGUCCUGUCUAUCAAAGCCUUGUCCGUCAUGUAGCUGUCAUAUGAAGUGUUCAUCAUAUGGAAAGUACAUAUAUAUUUUUCUUAUUCCUGUAGAUAGAGUGUCCGAAGUUUUGAAAGGCUGGCGAAUCGCGCAGAAUAAAUAUUCUACAGACUUGUUAGAAAACGSUAAACAGAACCUAAGUACAUGUAUAGCCAAUGUUAGUCACACACCGAGCAAUAUCUCCGUCACGCAACGCUGAAAGAAACUAUUCAAACGAUUAGAAACAGUUGAAACAGAUAAUGUGCUUAUCAACGCAAUUUUUAAUUUUGGAAAUUUUGAAAUUAUUGAGUAGAAAGAUAAGUCUCAAGMAMCGACCARAGGAGAAAUAUGAGGAUCAUCCAAUACUGCUCCACGAAAUGCAACAUUUUGUCGUUUGUAUUAUUCAAUAUUUACUUUCUGUCUUCUAUCUGAGGUCUGUUGAUCAGCUAGGGUUGUGUUUGAAUAAGCUACAGGGUUAGAUKGCACUGCUGUCAUACUCGAACAUUUCUAAUUUUGUCGGGCUUAAGAUCAUUAGUAAUGAGGUAUUUUUKGUGUCCACCACAAUCCAUUCCUUUACGAACACCAAAGCAUCCGAAUUGAUGUGCAGCAAACAAAAUAUUUCUUAUUAGCUUCCAUAGACCUAUGAAGCUUGCAAUGCAUUGCAGGAUGUCUGCUUUGGGCAUCAAAAAUGGUGGAUCUCUUUUGUUUUCUCCAGAAACUGAUCCCACAAUGCAUUGCAAUUCACGUAAGUGACAGUAAAAUCUUCAGAAAUCUAUUUUGAUAUGCACACCAACGUGGCUGCUUACGCUUUGUUMAUAAUUUCCCCUGGAACUGAUUUGUAGCCCCAUGGUUCGUUCUCCUCGGRGGAUUGCUCACGACUUCCGUAUUCCUCUGUUUUGAGCCUUUCAAUUCUUUUGAAUUAAGUAAUCUGCACUACACAGAAAAAUAACCAACCAAUCACUAUGUAUAGAACAUGACCAAGAAAGUUUGCAUGACUCCUKCGUGAUGAAAAUCAUCACGACUAUUUAUCCACAAUAUAUUAAAUUGACUUAUAUCUAUAAAAUUAUUUCUUCUCUUAUYAAGAGAUAAGUAAAUAGACAAUCUAGCUAAAACUUGAAUAUGGCUGCCAUCUUGAAAAAGMCCRGUCGAGCUGCUUCAAAUMAAGGCGUUUGGCAUGGUUACCAAUUCAAGAUGGCUGCCAUUGUAGACAAUGAUCGAUGCGUUAGUAUUUUUAUUGUUUUUAUGGUAUUUUAAAAUAAAGCCAACUGUAUUAAUUUUUACAUGAA